UGUAGGCGCUGGUCGGGUCUAGUGUGAGAAGUCAGUGUUUCAAUCAUGUCCACGGAUGUACUAGGACGUACUUUUACUCCAACAUGAAUUUACUCUAUUUUUCUGUGCUUCUACUUGUUGCCUGCGCCGAUUCCGAAGCACCGGUGUGCUGCUCGAACCUGGGACGUCACACAACAUGCAAGUACUAUUGUCAGCAGUUGCGGAGGGAGGGGACGUAUGUCCAGCAGAUGAAGCAGGUGUUGACGGCGGCGGAGCACUGUCCCUAUGACCUGGAUGAGUUUUGGCAGUGUGUGAACAUCAGUGUACCAGUCAUGAGACAGCUGGAGCAGUGGUCGGGACGACCUUGUUGUGACCUUGCGAUGACCUCCGCUUGCAAACAGACAUGUCAGAGGGCCUACUCCAUGAGGGACAUUGACUCCACCCACUGCAAUCGGAACACGGAGAAGUCACUGUAUAAAUGUCUACACAGACACAACGUGGGAGACAAGUGCUCACAGUCAGUACGAGACAGCUGCAGCAUUGUGUGUCACAGCUUCAGAGCUUUAACCGCGACUCAUUUGGGAGACAAGUGCUGUCAUCAGUCAGUACGAGACAGCUGCAGCAUUGUGUGUCACAGCUUCUUCCUGUUGGGGUCGACGACGGCGAGAGCGAACCGCGACGUGGUGUACCGACAUUGCAAGGGUGGAAGCCUGCCUGUAGCCAAGUGUGUGCAGAACCAGACCCGCUCGGCCAGAGCCAACAUACCACAGGACAACAUACCAUGCUGUCAGAAGGCCAAGACGCGGGAGUGCCAAGCGAGUGUGAGAGAGUGUUGA